UACGCACGAGACGCGCGGCACCGCGACUCCGCGGACCGACACGUGGAGCGCGCCCGACAAGUGGACACGUGCUUGUGUGUGCGCGCGCCCGCACGCGAGGAUACGCCAAGUGCCGGCGAGGAGUCGACCGGAGGAUGUGGCGCGUAGUGCUCGCCCGGCCCGAGGAUAGCGGCACUCUGCUAUCCUCGGAGUUGACCGCUCCACCGCCGCCGCCACCGCCUUCCCUCGCACCACCUACUUUGCCCCCGCACCAUCAGCAUCAUCCGCAUCAGCAGCACCUCUGGCCGCCCCAGCAACACUACGGACCACUGCAGUCCCUCGGCUACGGGCAUGAGCCCGCCCCGGAACCCCAGCAAGGCCAGGAUGGAGCCCAACAGCAGCAGCAACAGCAGCAACAGCAACAACAGCAACAACAGCAACAAAGAAGCCUUAAGCGGCCGAUGAGUGACUCCGAUUGCGACGACGUCUUCUCUGAGGAAAGCGGCAAAGAGCCGUGCAACUCGCCGGGCGCCGAUUCGUGCCAGCACACGUCGCGCAAGCGGCGUCGAGGCAUGAUCGAGAAAAAGAGGCGCGACCGGAUCAACGCCUCCCUGGGCGAACUCCGGAGGCUGGUACCCGCGGCAGCUCGCGACCCCCACAGUGGCAAGCUGGAGAAGGCCGAGAUUCUCCAACUGACGGUCGAGCAUCUCAGAUCACUCAGGAAUAAAGGGGCCGAAGGCUAUGACAGCACGAAGCUCGCGAUGGAUUACCACGCGGUCGGCUGGGGCGAGUGCGCGGCCGAAGUCGGACGCUACCUCGUGACCAUGGAGGGUCUUGACGAGCGGGAUCCACUCAGGCUGAGGCUUCUCUCGCACCUUCAGAGCUUCCACCGCGAGCCUCACCAACAGCAGCCUAGCUACGAUCACCAUCAUCACCAGCAACAGCAGCAGCAGCAGCAGCAGCAGCAGCACCAACAGCACCAACAGCACCAACAGCACCAGCCCGCUCCGACACCGGUGCCACCGCCACCUCCCCCGCCGCCCCUCACCUGGCCGCCGGCCCAGUAUCCUGGCCACGGACAAUACCCGGGCCAAUACGGACCCCAACAGCAGCACGGCAAACCUUAUAGGCCCUGGGGUGCCGAGCUCGCCUACUAGCGAGGCCCCGAGACCCGAUCCCCCAAUGCCCGGAUUACUAAACCAAAUAUUCAUGUGCGACCGGCUUCGGUUGUGAUAACGCAGCAUAGUCAUACCUGUACCUUAUAAGAGUGAUAUACCAAACUAUUUAUUUUACCCUGGCUAGGUCCAAAUUUAUUGUAUAGUGUAUAUA